GAGGCUGAGGUUACACUAAGCCCUUAUGCACGUCCACCUUAUCACGUGACCAAAGCCCCAAACUUAAGUGAUGACAACUGACGAACUGCAAUCGCUGAUUAAGGCUUUGAGAUGUGGUUAAAGAUCUGGAAAAAGCCACUUGGUUUCUUUUGCGUGGCUGACCCGGGCGGACUUUUUCGAGCGACUGUGGGCGCAGAAGAAAGACAAAGAGUUAGCCCAUGCGAGCGGCGUGUGGACUGAGUGCAGCUGUUUCGUUCCGAGCAGAGCCCAACAUGUGAGAAGAUGUCUGUUGGAGGUUGUGCUUGUCCCGGCUGUUCGUCAAAGUCAUUCAAGCUGUACUCUCCUAAGGAGCCCCCCAACGGCGGCAGCUUUCCCCCCUUCCACCCAGGCGCUAUGCUGGACAGAGAUGUGGGGCCUACACCCAUGUACCCCCCAUCAUACAUGGAGCCUGGAAUGGGGAGACCGACACCGUACGGGAACCAGACAGAUUACCGGAUAUAUGAGCUGAACAAAAGGCUACAGAAUUGGACAGAGGACUGUGACAAUCUCUGGUGGGAUGCAUUCACCACAGAGUUCUUUGAAGAUGAUGCCAUGCUCACCAUCACUUUCUGUCUGGAAGAUGGGCCCAAACGAUACACCAUCGGCAGGACGUUGAUUCCACGAUACUUUCGAAGUAUUUUUGAGGGUGGCGCCACCGAGCUGUUCUACGUCUUGAAGCAUCCAAAAGAGUCCUUCCACAGUAACUUUGUGUCUCUCGACUGUGACCAGUGCACCAUGGUGACCCAGAACGGCAAACCCAUGUUCACACAGGUUUGUGUGGAGGGCCGCCUGUACCUAGAGUUCAUGUUUGAUGACAUGAUGAGGAUCAAGACGUGGCACUUCAGCAUCAGACAACACAGAGAGGUCCUACCAAGGAGCAUUUUGGCUAUGCAUGAUCCUCAGAUGCUCGAUCAGCUGGCUAAAAAUAUCACCAGAUGUGGGCUGUCCAACUCCACACUCAACUACCUCCGUUUAUGUGUGAUAUUGGAGCCCAUGCAAGAAUUGAUGUCCCGACAUAAGACCUACAGCUUGAGUCCCAGAGACUGCCUGAAGACCUGCCUCUUCCAAAAGUGGCAAAGAAUGGUAGCACCUCCAGCUGAGCCAGCCAGACAAGCUCCAAACAAGCGGCGAAAAAGGAAGGUGUCCGGUGGAAGCACCGUGAGCUCCGGUGGAGGCAGCAAUAACAACACCAACAGCAAAAAGAAGAGUCCAGCCAACAGCUUUUCCCUCUCCAGCCAGGUACCUGACCUGGUUGGAACAAAAACCUGUACAGUGCCGGAGCUUGAGGACCGGAGUUGAGAACCACUACGCUAAAUCUUAAACACACACCACACACACACACACACAUACACAUACACAUUACACACACACAUAUUACACACACCAUGCAAACACGGAUAUAUACACACACACACUGCAGACACACCCAUGCACACAAACAUACCAUUCCACACACUAACACGACCCAUUCAACUACAACUACAGCAUAAAACAUUGAGGUACUGGAGAGAGGUGGUACGCAGCAUGUCUGGACCAGAGCACCAGACACUACAGAAGUGUGUUUUUCAUUUUCUAUGUUUUAGACUUGUUUUGAAUUUUUUUUAUUUUUGUAAACAAUUUCUAAAAAAUAAACAGACAAGCAAGCAAACAAACAAAAACACCCCAGAAUAUUCUUUGCACUGUUUUCCACUAUUAACUCCAAUCUAUUUUUCUUAUGAAUUGACGGUGUAUUUUUUCUUUUUCUUUUCUAUUAUCACUAAUGUAAGAACUGUAAAACAUCUGAAACCUGCAGUAUAUUAAUGUAUAAGUAUUGCUGUUAGAUCAUUCUUAUUGUGAUGGUAAUAACUUUCAUGUAUGUCUGUGCUUGAUAUAAUGUCAUCCAUCUGUGUCAGACAUCACACUGUCACCAGGUCCAUUGGCUUCAGAAAACGGGUUGGGGAGAACAAGGCUAGUGUUUGAAAUACUGUACUACAUCUUGUUUGAUGUGAGUCCAAAGCAGCACACUGGAAACCACUUCCCCCACUAAAUUUCCAUCAAAUGCCUGGUUUGGAUCUGUUGACUUGUCAUUGCAGAACUGUUUGCGUUGUCUUGAAGUCUCUAUCUGGGGGUCCUCUCUUCAGAGAACACAGUAACAGAAAACUUCUCAAAUUUGCUACUCAAAAAUAUUUUAAAAACAAGUUUUGACAGGAUUGUAAAAUAAGAAAAAAAAAAAAGACUUUUGUAUUAACUUAAGUUUUCCCAGAAAUGUUUUUAAUCACAAUUAAGAAAGCUGCAGACCAAGGAGCUACAUGUAAAGAUUCUUUAGAUAUUGAUUACACUGUGCUGUUUUAUGUUUUAUGAAGAAUCAUUUGUUGGCUUUACUCCUCAUGUUUGUGUGUCUGUGCUUGUAUAUUUUUAGGUAGUAAUUUCUGUAAAGGUUAUUCUAUGUAUUCCUCCCUAGAACUAUGAGAAACUCCAAUCUAAUGUAAAGAGAUGAAAAGCCUCUUAAAAGUUUUUUUAAACGUGAUUUCUAAUGGUACAAUCACUGAUAAAAGAAUUUUCUCUCAUUUUAGCAAACUGUAUUUAUUUUUCUAUGUACUGACAUUCUGGUUAAGGUCCAACCCACCUGUACAAUACUCAUGAUAAUAUAUGGAGGGGUUUGUGGGGCUGCUGAGUCAGUCAGUGCUAAUUGAGGUCAUUCCAUUGCUUGUCUUUUUUUUUUUGACAUGCGGCUUCCAGGCUAUUCUAGCCUGUUUAUUAAAGUGGUUCACUAUGUUCACAUUAAAGAGAUACAUUAUAGCCAGUUUCCUCUGUUGUAGGACCCUGGUCUACCUUAAAACCAAUAAAUACCCACAAUUAGAGAAAAUGUUAGUCAUCCCUUUUUUCUGUGAGGUUGUCAUCCUCUGAUGAAGAGCCUCAAGUUCCUCGGAUGUGGGAAAUGUGCCACAAUGGUGCAACCUUUAGUGAAAUAAAAAUAAAAUAAUAAAAAUGA